UGCAGGGGACGUGAGAGUACCGCGCUGCUCGCAGGUUGUGCGUGUGUUUGGAGGAGCUGCUUCGUUCGUCUGGUACUGACUAAGCGCAGAAUCCCUGCCUCUCUCUCCCAAGCCCGUCACAAAAAUGCUGCGUUUACCAACAGUGCUACGUCAACUAAGGCCGGUGUCCAGAGCACUAGCCCCACACCUUACAAGAGCCUAUGCAAAAGACGUUAAAUUUGGAGCCGAUGCUAGAGCUCUUAUGCUACAGGGAGUGGACCUCCUUGCUGAUGCUGUAGCUGUCACCAUGGGACCAAAGGGGAGAACUGUAAUCAUUGAACAGAGUUGGGGAAGCCCUAAGGUGACAAAGGAUGGUGUGACGGUAGCCAAAGCAAUUGACCUGAAGGACAAAUACAAAAACAUUGGAGCCAGGCUAGUUCAGGAUGUUGCCAACAAUACCAAUGAAGAAGCAGGAGAUGGUACUACAACGGCAACGGUACUGGCACGUUCAAUUGCCAAGGAGGGGUUUGAAAAGAUCAGUAAAGGAGCAAAUCCAAUCGAAAUCAGGAGAGGGGUGAUGCUAGCUGUAGAUGCUGUAAUCACUGAAUUGAAGAAAUUGUCCAAGCCAGUCACCACCCCAGAAGAGAUCGCUCAGGUUGCUACAAUAUCUGCAAAUGGAGAUAAGGAAAUUGGUAACAUAAUUUCUGAUGCUAUGAAAAAAGUUGGACGAAAGGGUGUUAUCACAGUCAAGGAUGGAAAAACUUUGAAUGAUGAGCUGGAAAUUAUUGAAGGUAUGAAGUUUGAUAGAGGCUACAUCUCUCCCUACUUCAUUAAUACAGCCAAAGGUCAGAAAUGUGAAUUCCAAGAUGCUUACAUAUUAAUCAGUGAAAAGAAAAUUUCCAGUGUACAGUCUAUAGUGCCAGCUCUUGAAAUUGCCAAUAAUCACCGUAAGCCUUUAGUAAUUAUUGCUGAAGAUGUUGAUGGAGAGGCCCUCAGUACCCUUGUAUUGAACAGACUGAAAGUUGGCCUACAGGUUGUUGCAGUAAAAGCACCAGGUUUUGGUGACAAUAGAAAAAAUCAGCUUAAAGAUAUGGCAGUGGCUACUGGCGGUGCUGUGUUUGGGGAAGAAGGUUUGACCAUAAAUCUAGAAGAUAUUCAGCCUCAUGACUUUGGUAAAGUUGGAGAAGUCAUUGUGACAAAAGAUGACUGCUUGCUACUUAAAGGGAAAGGUGAUAAAGCUCAAAUUGAAAAACGCAUUCAGGAAAUAGUGGAACACCUGGAAAUUACAACAAGUGAAUAUGAGAAGGAGAAACUGAAUGAACGCCUGGCUAAACUUUCUGAUGGAGUAGCUGUACUGAAGGUUGGAGGAACGAGUGAUAUUGAGGUGAAUGAGAAGAAAGACAGAGUCACUGAUGCCCUCAAUGCCACUCGUGCUGCUGUAGAGGAAGGCAUAGUUCUAGGUGGUGGCUGUGCAUUACUUCGGUGUAUUCCAGCAUUAGAUGCUUUGACUCCAGUUAAUGAAGAUCAAAAAACUGGCAUAGAAAUUAUCAAGAGAACAUUGAAAAUUCCAGCAAUGACUAUUGCUAAGAAUGCAGGUGUUGAAGGAUCACUGAUAGUUGAGAAAAUUAUGCAGAGCCCACCUGAUGUUGGCUAUGAUGCCAUGCUUGGCGACUUUGUAAAUAUGGUAGAGAAAGGAAUCAUUGAUCCAACAAAGGUUGUAAGAACAGCCUUGAUGGAUGCAGCAGGUGUUGCUUCCCUUCUGACUACAGCUGAAGCAGUAGUAACUGAAAUACCUAAAGAAGAAAAGGAAGUUCCCAUGGGAGGAAUGGGUGGAAUGGGUGGUGGCAUGGGAGGUGGCAUGUUCUAAUCCUGGGCUGCAUAGAUGUGCGUCAUGAACCACAAUGAGUGACUUGACAGUUAAAGUCAACUUCAGGUCAGUGCGAGGCAGGAUGGACAGUGACUGCAGAAGGGCCGGUGUUCAAAGAAUCACUGUAACAUUAGUUACUGGAUUGCAGUUGACACAUGUAUAAUUGUUUACAGUCAUUGUCCAUGCCUACAGAUAAUUUAUUUUGUACUUUGAAUAAAGACAUUUCUACAUUCCUGAUACUGGGUGCAAGAUCCAUGUACCAAUGCUGUGCUCUAAACUUAAAGCAGUUGAAGCACUUGCAAUUCUGUUAAAUCAAAUCAAAUUUUAUUGGUGCGUGCUAUCACUAGGAAAUGCAGAAGCCAUUGUGUGCAAGACUGAAUAAAAAAUUGUGUACAAAGUAGACAAAUAUACAAUUAUGUGACAACUUUAUGUAAUAAAAGAUUGCUCAAAGGUAUAAAA